CCUCAUUUGAGACAGGUUGCUACAGCAGGAAAUUUAAUUCUGCAGCAAAAGGAAAUGUGAAUUAUUAUAUGAAUUAGAAUUAAUGGACAUUUAUGUAGGGGUUGAUACAUUUUACAUAAGGGAAAAUCAAGUCUGAAUUUUUAAGUGGAAAUUAGAAGCUUCAGAAGCCUGUUUAAACCUCAAACAGACUACAAGAUUUAAAACUUCUUCAUUGCAAGAAAGUUCUCCUGUAACAGAGUGAUCAGAUUAAGAUCCUCCAUCUGUAGAUGUUCUCCUGUAACAGAGUGAUCAGAUUAAGAUCCUCCAUAUGUAGAAGUUCUCCUGUAACAGAGUGAUCAGAUUAAAAUCCUCCAUCUGUAGAAGUUCCCCUGUAACAGAGUGAUCAGAUUAAGAUCCUCCAUCUGUAGACGUUCUCCUGUAACAGAGUGAUCAGAUUAAGAUCCUCCAUCUGUAAAUGUUUCCAUGGUCACACCUGAUGUGUAAAUGGCAACACAUGAAGUGUAAAACUCGAGGAUAGCUUUAUAAAAGAGGUGCUGUGUGCACAGGAAGUGGUGAGUAAAGCCUACCUGGGAUUGUGAGGCCACUUGCAGUGUUUUUCAACACUGACAAUGGAUUGUUAUUUCGAGAUAGACCUAUAGCCUAUUUGAACUGACAAAUAAAAAAUAAAAUAACUUAAUCGUGGCACUUGUAGGAUAAUUCGUAUAUUAUUAGUCCUAUUAUAAUGUGUUUGUGACAGUCACAUAUUGACGUUUUGGCUGUUUUGUAGUGAAACGUAAUAUUCCCUUGUGGUAUGUAUCCAUGCAGCCUCUACUCCCUAAACUACUUGAAUAGAGACGGGGAAAUGGAGUCGAGUCGUCUUUUCCGUUCCCUUUCAUCCUCCGGAAAUUUGACUGGAUCCAAAGAUUGCCAUGGAAAUCAACAAAGACAUCGCCAUGCCCUCAACGUGUGUCCUAUGAAAUCAAACAAAUAUCCCGGAUCAACAACAAAGAGUGUGUGGUAUACUGCCUCCCCAGUCUCUUUGCUGAGCAACAACAUUCAGCGACACAUUGACUUCUUGCCGUUUAACCAAAACCACAGUCAGCAAUCUCACAAUACCUGGGAUUGAUGAUGCACGCGGACCAAUAGGAGAGGGGCCUCGGCACGCGGAUUGUUAUUUGAUGGGUGCAUGUUAGUAGGGGGAUAGGGCCUCCUCCAAUGAUCGUCUGAGUACCGGGUCACAUGUUUGGUCCCCCCUUCCUCUCCAUUCAUCAGGGGUGGACUAUGUUGUCUUUUCAAUUCAUUUAUCUGCAGGAAUGAUUGCGACUAUCAGUCUGAAGCUCACCGCCUGACUGGGGAGGUGAAAGUUUCGCCACAGGAAGAUAAACCGCAAAAGACAAUAUUGUACAUGAUUUGCGUGUGCAUCGGAUGAGAAUUAGUGUGGGGGAAAAUUCCACUCUUGUUUUAGGUAAAUAGAAAACCGGUGGAUUGGAGUUUCUACUCCUCUGUAAGGUCUGAGAGAGACUUUUGCAGAAAGAGAGAAGGCGAGAGAGGUAUAGGAGUGAGAGAAUAACUGUUCGUGAUUUUUUAUUUCUGCUCUCAGUCGCCUCAUUGAGUUGUAGACUGCCGGAAGAUGCUUCUGGAUGCAGGACCCCAGUACCCCACCAUAGGAGUCACUACGUUCGGCUCCUCAAGGCAUCACUCAACAGGCGAAGUUACAGAAAGAGAAGUGGCUUUGGGGAUAAAUCCGUUCGCAGACGGGAUGGGAGCUUUUAAAAUCAACCACAGCUCCCACGACCUGGGCUCCGGCCAGACGGCGUUCUCCUCCCAGGCUCCCGGCUACGCUGCUGCCGCCCUGGGUCACCACCACCACCCGACACACGUCAGCUCCUACUCCACCGCAGCCUUCAACUCCACCCGGGACUUUCUCUUCAGAAACCGGGGCUUCGGGGAUGCCACCAGCGCGCAGCACAGCCUGUUUGCCUCGGCAGCGGGAAGUUUUGCAGGGCCACAUGGACACUCCGAUGCCGCGGGGCACCUGCUCUUCCCGGGACUCCACGAGCAAGCCGCAAGUCAUGCAUCAUCAAAUGUCGUCAACAGCCAGAUGCGGCUUGGCUUUACCGGGGACAUGUACGGCCGGGCUGACCAGUACGGCCAUGUUACGAGCCCCCGCUCCGACCACUACGCCUCCUCCCAGCUGCACGGCUAUGGCCCCAUGAACAUGAACAUGGCGGCUCACCACGGGGCAGGGGCCUUCUUCCGAUACAUGAGGCAGCCCAUCAAACAAGAGCUCAUCUGUAAGUGGGUCGAGCCCGAACAGUUGUCGAACCCCAAAAAGGCUUGCAACAAAACGUUCAGCACGAUGCACGAGCUCGUGACCCACCUGACAGUGGAGCAUGUGGGGGGACCGGAGCAGUCUAACCAUAUCUGCUUCUGGGAAGAGUGCGUCCGAGAAGGAAAGCCAUUUAAAGCCAAAUACAAACUGGUAAAUCAUAUCAGAGUGCACACCGGAGAGAAACCAUUCCCAUGUCCCUUCCCCGGCUGUGGAAAAGUGUUUGCUCGAUCGGAAAACCUGAAAAUCCACAAAAGGACUCACACUGGUGAAAAACCUUUCAAGUGUGAGUUUGAGGGCUGCGACAGACGGUUUGCCAACAGCAGCGACCGGAAGAAACACAUGCACGUCCAUACAUCUGACAAGCCUUAUCUCUGCAAGCAAUGCGACAAGUCCUACACACAUCCAAGCUCUCUGCGGAAACACAUGAAGGUUCACGAGGCUACCACGCAAGGACCCCAACCGUCACCAGCGGCCAGUUCCGGGUACGAAUCGUCCACGCCGCCCACCAUCGUGUCCCCGUCCACAGAGAACCAUAAUUCCAGUUCCAUAUCACCGGCAACCUCGACAGUACACCACACGACCAGCCACCACACCACGCUGUCGUCAAAUUUUAAUGAAUGGUACGUGUAAAAUAUUUUCACAAAGACUGCAGAAAUAGGACUGCUUGGAAUCAAAGACUUUGAAAGUCAGUCUAUAAUGCGUGGACAGAGAAAAAUACGAGGAAGCCAAAAUGGUUGGUUAAUGGCUACAGAGAGAGAGAGACAGAGUGAUGCAUGGACAAGGUGCACGACCAGCUACCAAGUUAAAGUUUUUUUUAAACAUUCCCCCCCCCCCCCCCCCCCCCCCCCCCCCCCCCCCCCCCCCCUCGGCUCUUUUUUGAAAGACUGCACGCAAGAUAUCUCAAUGCAUGCUAUCUGCGGUUCGUGGCCUGAUUUUCUUUGUACAUAAAGAUUCACAGUUCAAACAUGUUCUAUUUUAUUUUGUAAAUAGUUAUAUCACAGUUUAAGGGCAUUUGUGAAAAUGUGGUCCCUAGAUAUAUGGAAAAUGAGAUGGUUUUUAACAAUAAUAUUGCGAUGACUAGUGUCGGAUUGACAACAGAAUGUUGUAGUUGAUGUGUACCCAAUGUGAAUUACUCAGUAUAACUUCCGUCGCCACUAUGACGUCGACCUUACCGACUAUUAGUCUAUUUAUGUGCUUUUGUAUUUGGUGCCACAUUCCGUCUACGGUCCAGUUGGAGUAGCACAGUACUUACCAUUGCUGUUAUUCAAUGUCAUGUCGAUAAGUCGUGUAGUGAAAGCCUGAAACUCCGUGUCAAUCUGUUUAUGUACGUGAUAAAAGAUUUUAAAAAAAACUAUUUGUCCAUUACCUUGAUAAUGUCAAGGCAGUAUUACCUACAUGUAUAUAGCUCAAUUUUCCAUAUUUAUCCGCAUGUAAAAGGGUAACGUUAGAAAUGAUCGGGAUUUAUGGAGAAAUACGCUCUUAUGUAGAAUUUAGUCUACACAAAAUGUUUGGUUACAUUUCGUACUAUAUUAAAGCAUAAAAAAAUACAACCAAC